AUGCGCACUAAAACUGCUUCCGCUUGCCGGCGAGCGUGGAUGUCGUUGAUUGGUUUUGCAGGAAAAUUUCAUUCUUGUCUUUUAUUUUAUCUAUAUCGUGGUAGAAUGCAGGUCCUUUCUAUAGUCAAGCAGAGGGCUGUGCUAUGGCUUGUGUUUCUGAUUUUACAGUUCAUACAGGUGUGCGGUAUUGGUCAAGUGAUAUGGGCAGUGAACUGUGGCGGGGAGGCACACACUGACAUCAAUGGAAUAAAAUACCAAAAAGAUAUGUCCAAAGUCGGCACCCCUUCAGACUAUGGGAAAAGUUUGCUGAUUCAAAGGGUUGUACCACAAGAUAUGAUACUUUAUCAAACAGAGCGAUAUCAUUUUUCUAGUUUUAGUUAUGAUAUUCCUUUGAGCGGAGACGGAGACUAUGUUUUAGUCCUAAAAUUUAGUGAAGUGUGGUUUGCAGCACCAAAUCAAAAGGUAUUCAAUAUUGUGAUGAAUGGACAACAUACAGUUGUGGAAGAUUUAGAUAUUUUUGGGAAAGUUGGACGAGGUGUUGCACAUGAUGAGGUUAUUCCUUUUAUAGUGAAAAAUGGAAAAAUCAGGGUCAGAGGAGAGAGCUCAGAUAUCAGCGGGAAAUUAAAAGUUGAAUUUGCAAAGGGAAACUAUGACAACCCAAAAAUCAAUGCUAUCUACUUGAUGAAGGGGAGCUUAGAUGAUGUGCCUCAGCUUCCUCCAUUGCCUACACCAGAUAAACAGCAAGAAGAGCAGGAAGAAGAAGAGGAGGAAGAACCAGAAAGGCAGAAGAAACCAAGACGUACCUCAGGUCCCAAAAUACAAGACCCAUAUGCAGGGGAAGAUGCCAGCACUACCAUGUUACCAAUUCUGGCUGCUUUGGGAGCUUUUAUUCCACUUGUAUUUUGUCUCUGUAAACUUUGAAAUCUGUGUUAUUAAUGAUUGUUAAUAUUUCAUAAAAGUGAGUAUCUUCUUUUUACAUUAAAUGCACAAAAGCCUGCAUUAUCAAGCCAUGUACUGUUGAAAUAAAAUUUCUAGUUUAUGAAUAUUAAAACAUGUUACACUUUUUCAUUAAGAUGUCAAAAUGUAACUGAGAGGAUGAGACUUUCAAUAUAUACUUCAAAUAAAUGAUUGUUACACUGUCUCCAUUGUAUUUGAUAUUUUUGCCUUACUGAGCCAUUUUUUGUAAUAAAGUGAUCUGAAUAACAUGACAUUUGCUAGUAGUAGUAGCUACCAUUGGCAAAUUUAUUUAAUUAUCGUCAGAUGAACUCAAUCUGAACACUCUUUUGAUUACCCCAAGUUUGAUCAGGAUCCCACUUUCAUUAUUUUGCUUAAAUUUUAUGUUAUAGUAUCCUGUAUAUUUUUAUAUGUAAGACAGAGUAAUGUUAUGUUGUAUUUGUUGUUCAUUCAUGGUCCUCGAAUGUUAGGGCAAGUUGAGCCUAUGUCACUUGUGCAGUUAAUUUUAAGAACUUGAAUUAAUGCUAUUUUUAAAUAGCUUGUAAUAUAAUUAUUUACAUCUAGCACUGCUAAAAGCAUAGAAAUCAUUAGCUUCAAUCUUUUGUGUAGAGUAAACACUCCCAAGAAAUUCUAUGAAUGAAAGGAUUAACUUAGUCCCUGUGUUACUGUAUAUUUUAGUAGGAUGAUAUGAAGUGCUCUUGGUUUUGAUGGGCUUUUCUUUAUUGUGUACUAUUUUUAAUGUUAAACUUGGACAGCAUUAUACUUUAGACCUUAUGAUGAGGUUACUAUGUGGAGAAGUAUAUUUGUAUUGUUCUGGAAAAAACGAAUUUGAUGCUUUUGAAUUAUGUAGGAAAAUAUGUAGAAUUACUCUUGGGCUAGUUUUAUCUACUUGAGUAAACAAGGUAAUUGUAGUUAAGGGCUGGCAUCAUGUCUUGUCCACAGUGGGUUGGGUAAAAUUGUGAACCAUAACCAUUCCAGAUUUAUAUUCUUUUUGUUCAUCGAGAACUGAUGUGAUAAAGUAUCAUACAGAUAUGUAUAAUAUUUAGUUUUGGUAAAUUUAUCACACUGCUUUGAUUGGUUUGUGUGUUAUUUGUUACAUGUUGAUUUUUUUUUUUUUUCUUGUAGGUUUCAUCUAUUUUAGCAUCUAUAGAACAAAGUAAAAUUACAUUUGGUGAA